UCGAUUCGUGCCAACUUGUGUAUCGGUCGAGUAGCUGUUCAUUUGAGCUCGUUUAGACCUUCAGAAGCCUGACUUUUCGUAGGUCUAAUAGAAGCUAGGACGAUAAUAAGAGCGAGUUCUUAGAAAACUCAAGGGAUUCCGUUCAUAAUUGGAGAAUGUCACAAUGGACCGUUGUCAGCGUGAGUUUAAUGACGAACAGUCACCUUUAGGCAUUUUUUCCAGAGAGCCGUGCGGACCUAUGCGACAAAAACCCGAAAGACUAAUACAAAAAAGUGGGGGAAACAGUAUCAUGGAGAUUGUAGACAGUGCAUGGGAAGAAAGUAGCCCUUCGUGGGCUUCAAGCAGCACCGGAAAUACUCCGUCUUAUGGAAGCGCUGGGCUAGCUUUUGAGUUCGGACAGAAAUGUAAUAUAAACACUGAUUACUACACACCAGAGCCUACCGAGAGACCAACUGCCAGUUAUCAGCGUAAAAACGAAGAAGUGGAGAGAAGAGGUAGUUUAAGCUCAGACCAACUCGCAGAAUUUGACAGUCAGGAAUCUGGAUCUGAUACUCCUAAUGAUUGGAUAUGUGGCGUUCGGGCAAAAGUACGAAAGGGUUCGACAGAUAAUUAUAAACAUCCAGGAGGUACAUCAAUGACAGCUUCCAUAUCAAAGGGAACGGAGAGGAUUUCUCGACUACUGAGAAGAACACACAGUGCAGGAUGUUCCAAAGACGUUCCAGCUCAUGCUCUGUUUCUUCGGGAGAAGCCGAUGGUGUCAGAGAAGGAAAUUGAUGAUAAGGAGGUUAUAGUUAUAGGUGACUCCUUGACAAGGGCACAGGACAUGAAACUCAAGCUUGGUUUCCUCCGCCGAAGACACACUGAGAGCUCCAUUCAGUCUACGGUAAGACCCUCGCCUGAGGAAGCAGAGAAGUGGACAGAAUCCUUUCACGAACUCAUGGCUAGUAAAUACGGCUCCGCGCUCUUCAGGGCCUUCUUGUCCAGGGAAUUCAGUGAAGAAAACAUCGAAUUCUGGCUUGCCUGCGAGGAUUUCAAGAAAACUAAAACAAACAAAUUGCCAUCCAAAGCAAGAAAAAUUUACAAUGAUUUUAUUGCAGUACAAGCACCGAAAGAGGUCAACCUUGAUUCUACUACAAGAACAACUAUUAUGAACAGUCUGUCCAAGCCUGAUCACCAUUCCUUCGAUCAGGCUCAGAGAAAGGUCCAAGGACUGAUGGAACGUGAUGCUUAUCUCCGGUUUUUCCAGUCAGAACUUUACUUAGAGUUGCUUCAAGGCUCCGGGUGAGCGCGCUGUAUGUUCCGAACACUUAACAAAGCCUUGCUGGUUCGAGGUUAAAAUAACGGGAAACACAAAACGAGGUCGUUCAUUUCAGAAGUAGAGACCUCAAAAAAACACUCGUUGAUAUUUUAUCUUUAGAAAUUGUUACAGACAUUGCUUUCUUUUCACGUUGCUGGACAACAUUUACGUUUUUAAAAAAAAAUCGAGCUUAUUGGCUAGGAUUCCGUGUCAACAAAUGUUAGUUGAGCAGAUGAGUAACGGAAAAUAAACGGAAUUAAGACAUUUUGGAUAGAUGAAACACUUUCGUGUUCAGCUCAAGUUUCUUCCAGUAUUCUGACAAUCGUGGUACCGACAGCCACGAGCAUUACUAGGAUGGUGAGAGAGAAGAAAUGUAAAAAUCGUCUCACAAAAUUCAGGAGAGAGCAGAAUCACUUUACUAACAAAAGCUUGGAGUCAAAUAUGUGGCGGUGAUGGAUUCGCUGAAGUCAAUGUUUGGAGGUAUUGGAUACGCUGAAAACGAUGUGUGGUAGUGGUGGAUCUCUGUGGCGGUGAUGGAUUCGCUGAAGUCAAUGUGUAGUAGAGGUGGAUUCUCUAUAGACUCUGUGGCGGUGAUGGAUUCGCUGAAGUCAAUGUGUAGUAGAGGUGGAUUCUCUAUAGACUCUGUGGCGGUGAUGGAUUCGCUGAAGUCAAUGUGUGGUGGAUUCUCUGUAGCGGUGCUGGAUUCGCUGUAGUUGAUAAAUGGGAAUCGCUAUAAUCAGUGUGUAACGAUGUUGGAACUGUUGAAGCCGAAGUGUAACAGUAUAGGAUUCGAACUGCUUUAGAUACUGUACAUUCCCAUAUUUAUUCUACGUACCUGUCCGAUGGAAAUGAUACUAUUUAAUAAUUGUUCUUUAUUCAGUUCCUCACGUAUUUCUUUAAGAUUUUCAUUUCUUGUAAAAAAUGUUUAUCAAGACAUGAGAGUUGUUCAAAAACACAAAACCCAAAACAGAAAAAAAAAAGUGACGGGAACUUAAACAAGGUUUAAUUAAUUAACUCAG